CCCAACCCUUAAAACCCCAAGUAUCAUUGUGGUUAGCACAGUUACUGAGAACCACCGACCAGGACAAAGGAAGUGCAGAAGUUUCCUUUAUCUUCAUUAACACCAACAGCCAUUAUAUCAGCACAUUAUGUACAGACCAGUCACAGCUUCCCGUCCAUCUUUGCCACUAUGGAUGAUUGCACUGAUUGUGUUUGGAGUGUUGGCAAUCCUGGGAAUAACCAUUGGUCUCCUGGUUCAUUUUCUGGCAGUAGAAAACACGACUUACUAUUACCAAGGUAGCUUUGAAGUGCUGGAUAUCCCAUACAACAGAAAUUAUCAAAGAGAGACAUCACCAGAAAAUAACUAUCUUAGCAAAAUUCUUGAGACUAAGAUGGUUGAUGCAUUUCAAAGUUCUAGCAUUUACAGACAAUAUAUCAAUUCUCAAGUCAUCACACUGGUUCCUCAUAACAACAGUCUAACUGCACAUAUAUGGCUGAUAUUCAAGGCUCCCAGAUCAAUGAAGGAAAACACCAGAAGAAGAAUUGAAAGUGUCUUACAUCAGAUGCUGAGAAACCACGCAGGCUCUCUGACUACAGAUCCUAAUUCUCUUAGGCUCAAGGAAAUCAGUAAGGUUGAUGCUGAAAAGAUUAUCAACAACCGCUGUGGGACACGAGCAAGGAUGUCAGCUACGUAUGAUAGAAUCAAAGGAGGUUCCAAUGCUCAGAAAGGAGAAUGGCCUUGGCAAGCAACUCUCAAAAAGAAUGGCCGACACUACUGCGGGGCAUCUUUGAUCAGUGAAAGACACCUGGUGACUGCAGCUCACUGCUUUCAAAAGACAAACAAUCCAAAAAACUAUACUGUCAGCUUUGGCACCAGAGUAAAUCCCCCCUAUAUGCAACAUCAUAUUCAACAAAUUAUAGUUCAUGAAGACUACAUCCCGGGUGAACAUCAUGAUGAUAUUGCAAUUAUACAGCUCACUGAAAAAGUCUUAUUCAAGAAUGAUGUACAUCGAGUUUGUCUUCCUGAAGCCACACAGGUUUUUCCACCAGGUGAAGGAGUUGUUGUUACAGGAUGGGGAGCACUUUCAUAUAAUGGUAAAUACCCAGAGGUACUUCAGAAAGCAUCUGUGAAGAUUAUUGACACAAAUACCUGUAAUGCUCAGGAAGGAUAUUAUGGUAUGGUAUUGGACACAAUGCUAUGCGCUGGGUACUUGGAAGGAAAUAUCGAUGCCUGCCAGGGUGAUUCUGGAGGACCACUAGUUCAUCCUAAUUCUCGAAAUAUUUGGUACCUUGUUGGAAUAGUGAGCUGGGGAGAAGAAUGUGGUAAAAUCAAUAAGCCAGGUGUCUACAUGCGAGUGACUGCCUACCGCAACUGGAUCGCCUCCAAGACUGGUAUCUAAGAGAAAAGCAUCUUGUAGCAACUAUCUGAAGUCAUUUUCACCUAAGGUUACUCCAAACCUUAGCUAACAUGCAUUUUAAAUUAGUGUGUACAGUGGCUGUUUUGAAAGAACUGUGGUCCUGAGGGAGUAUUUAUGAACUUUAAUUUUAAGCAACUUACAAAACAACAAAUCUAAUGUUUAGUCCAGAAAGGCCUAAGCAAAGA